AUGCAGCAGACGGAAAGUGAGAAGUACUGUGAGUUGAAGCGUCAAGUGCAAGAGCAACAAGAACAAGCUGCUGCUCUUGAAAAUUCCAACAAGCAGCUACAUAAACAACUUGAGAUGCGAAAUGAAGAGGUUUCAAAACUGGACAGGCAACUAGAGAUGGAGAAGGCUGAUAAGUCUAAAAUGAUGAAAGCGAUGAAUUGGGAGUUCCAGAAUCUUGACUGGGAUGAUAACUCAUCAGUGGCCUCCAUGUCAGUUGCCUCGGUCGCUCUUUCCCAAAAACACAAACAAGUGCGAGACCUUGAGUCUCAAAACAAUCACUACCGAUUGCGAAUGAUCAAGAAACAAAAGAUAUGGGGAAAAGAACGAGCCAAGAUGACAGAAAUGGGGGCAGAAGCGCAAAAAUUGAAAAAGUUGGUAGAGUCUGAGAAAGCAAGGGCCAUGGAUAUCAAACAACAAUGGAAGCAGGAGGUCAAGAGGGCUGAAAGUAAAAGUCAAACGACCGAGAAAGCCUUGGCUGCUGCCCAAGGAAUAGCUGAGCAACAAAAGUGCGAGAUUGAGAAGUUGGAGAGAAAGCAACAAAAGAUCAAAAAGCAAUUGACAAAGGAGAAGGAACAAUUCACAGAAGCUCAAAAGGCUCUCGAAAUUGUGUGUCAUGCUCACAAGCAGACCAAACGCAAGUUGGAGGGGGCGGAACUUUCUCUCAAGCAAGCCAAAAAUUGCUUGCAUGAAGAAAGGCAAGAGAUGACCAACACGCGAGAUGCUUUGCAGUCUGCAAAGUCUACGCUACAAGAAAUGAAGCGCAAGGUUGAGCACGACCGGGAUUGUAACCAAAGUCAGAUCAGUCAAAUCGAGAAACUUCAUAAGAAGGAACAAGCCCGGGUGAAGAAUCUUCAUGUCGAGCAAACCAGCACCAAAGAUGCUCUUGCCCGAGCCCAACAAGAGGUCGAGGGUCUCCUUUUGGAAAUUGAUGAACAAAAGACGAUCAUCACAAACCAAUCGAAUGAAAUUCAAUACAUGCAACAAAUGAUCGAUGGCAAAAGCGCUCGUUGCCAGAAGCUUGAAGCUGCCAAGUCAAAGCUUCACACCACGCCUACAUCAAGUCCUUGGAACUCGAGUCCAACGGCUUUCAGGCAGUUCUUGCCAGUAAGGACACAAAGAUCGAGAACUUGGAAAUCAUACAUACAGAGCAGCAGAAGGUUGCAAACAACCUCGUUCAAGAUGUGUCUUCAUUGCGCUUUGAACAUCCUCGAAAAGGAAUGUGCAUCUGAGCGAGAGAAGAGAGUGGCGUUGCAGAAGGAACUCUCCGAUUUAUCGUACGGUCUCAAUGAGAAGAAGCAAGAGUUGACUACUCACGAGAUGAAGGUUCAUUGUCAUGAGGACGAGUUGGCGAUGAAAAAGGAGGAAAUCUUUGCAGCUGAACGACACCUAGCCAAGGAGAAGCAACGAUCAGAAACACUCACAGCAGACUUGUUGACACUGCAGAGUACCGUGGAAGCAAAGGAAAACACAGUAAAGGCUCUUCUCAAAAAGGUUCAGCAACAAGAUGAUACGAUUGAAGAUCAAAAGAAUCAGGUUAAGGAGAUAAAGCUCCUAAACAAUGAAGAGCAAGAGAGAGCAGCAAAGAUCCAAGAGCAACUGCCCCAACUCUUCCAACUCAUCAAGGCAGAGGAAACCAAGAGCCUCAAUUGCAGACAAACUUCACGAGGCUGCUGUCAAAUUAGAACGUGA